ACUUUGUCUUCCUUUCUUCCAAUUAGCAGAAAUAUGAACCAAAGGAACCAGACCACCGUCUCUGAGUUCAUCCUUCUGGGACUUACCAACGAGAAGGAGAAGCAGAGCCUCCUGUUCGCACUCUUCCUGGGCAUGUACCUGGUCACUGUGGCUGGAAACGGGCUCAUCAUUCUGGCCAUUGUCCUGGACACCUGCCUUCACACACCCAUGUAUCUUUUUCUUGCCAACUUGUCCUUUGCUGACAUCUCCUCCUCUUCUACCUUCAUUCCAAAAAUGCUGGUGAAUAUUCAGACCAGCAGUCAGUCCAUCUCCUAUGACAGCUGCGUCACCCAGAUGUACUUUUCCAUCGUCUUUACUGUCAUCGACAAUUUCCUCUUAGGAGUCAUGGCCUUUGACCGCUUCGUGGCCAUCUGCCACCCACUGAAAUACACAACUGUCAUGCAUGCCAUGCUUUGCAUUUUGCUCACAGUCAUCCCGUGGGUCCUCGGUAACAUCGUUGCCCUAACACACACCCUUCUGCUCAUCCGACUGGUCUUCUGUGACAGCAACACUCUGUCGCACUUCUUCUGUGACUUAGCCCCCCUCCUCAGACUGUCCUGCUCUGAUGUAAUGGUCAACGAGCUUGUGGUCCUUAUCGUGGGCUUGUCGGUCAUCAUCUUUCCCUUUGCCGUCAUCCUUUUCUCCUAUGUCUGCAUCAUCAGGGCUGUGCUGAGACUCUCUUCCCUAGGAAGAAAGUGGAAAGCCUUCUCCACCUGCGGCUCUCACCUGACUGUGGUGUUGCUCUUCUACGGGACCAUCCUAGGGGUUUACUUUUUCCCCUCAUCCACUCAUCCAGAGGACACGGAUAAAAUUGGUGCCGUGGUCUUCACCGUGGUGACACCCAUGGUGAACCCCUUUAUCUAUAGUCUGAGGAACAAGGACAUGAACAGUGCCCUGUGGAAGCUCAUCAGUAAGAAACGGGGUUCCUCCCUCUGA